CAGUUCAUGUAAGGCACUGAAUUUAGCCAUUUGAGGGUUGGUGGACAAGUUUUACCAUUACUUUCUGCCAUACUUUACGUUUCAAACAAAACUAAAUCUGAUUCUAAUCUUGACUUAUGUUCAGAAGGAACAGAAAACUUACAAUCAUUGAACUUUAGAACCACUCAUCUAUCGUGCAUCAUACACUACAGGAAAAGAAUGGAAAACGAAGAACAAUUAUCUAAAAUGGAACUUCAGUUAGAAUCUCAAAUACAGAUUGAAAGAACAGUGAAAGAAAAAGUUGCUGUGAAGAAAGUUAUUGAAAAGAAGCUGCAAGAAAAUUUCUCAUGUUCAUUGGACAAACUUAAAACUCUGAUAACUGGUUUCUUUCCUGUCCUUCAAUGGCUUCCAAAGUACAAAUUAAAAGAAUGGAUCUUGGGUGAUACCAUUUCGGGUAUACUUGUUGCUGUUGUCAUGGUUCCUCAAUCAAUAGCAUAUGCGUUGCUGGCUGGUUUAGAAACAAGUUCCAGUUUGUACGCUUCCUUCUUCUCCUGUAUUAUUUAUUUCCUGAUGGGUACCUCACGCCAUAUUUCAGUGGGCAUUUUCAGUUUAAUAUGCCUCUUGGUGGGACAAGUGGUUGAUCGGGAACUUCAGCUGGCUGGAUUUGAUGUAGAUGAAGACAGCAAAAUGAUGCCAAUAGCAAUGGCCAACGCAGAUAACUGGAACAAGAGUGAUGUCAAUCCUACCAUGUUGAUGAAUUUCACUCUUCCUGGAUCACUGAAUUUUGAAUGUGAUAGAAAAUGCUAUGCUGUCAGUGUUUCAGCCGCCCUUACAUUUAUGUGUGGCAUUUAUCAGGUACUUAUGGCAGUUUUCAACCUUGGAUUUGUAUCAAAGUAUUUAUCCGAGCCCUUGCUAGACGGAUUUGCAACUGGUGCCUCAAUCACUAUUGUAACAAUGCAAGUCAAGUACCUCAUUGGAAUAAAGCUACCACGUAGUCAUGGACCCGGCAGUGUUGUUGUAACUUGGAUAAACAUUUUUAAGAAUAUUCAUAAAACCAAUUUCUGUGAUCUGAUAACAACUGCCAUUUGCAUGCCCCUGCUAAUUGCUUCCAAAGAAUUAGGAGAACGAUAUAAGCACAAGCUCAAGUUCCCUUUCCCAAUGGAACUGACCAUUGUAGUUAUAGCUACAUUAAUAUCUCACUUUGUAAAUCUAAAUGAAAUGUAUGGUUCAAGUAUUACAGGAGCAAUCCCAACUGGAUUCUUACCCCCUAAAGUUCCAAACUGGCACCUCUUACCCAGAGUUGCCAUGGAUGCUGUAACACUUGCAAUCAUCAGCUUUGCCUUCACAAUCUCACUGUCAGAGUUGUUUGCUAAAAAACAUGGAUACACAAUACAAGCCAAUCAAGAGACCUAUGCUCUUGGAUUCUGUAAUGUUGUUCAAUCAUUCUUUCAUUCAUAUGCUUCCAGUGCAACUCUGGUUAAAACACUUGUAAAAGAUUCGAGUGGUUGUCAGACUCAACUGUCUAGUGUUGUCAGUGCUGUAUUGGUCCUAAUGCUGCUCCUUUUCUUAGCUCCUGUAUUCUAUUCUUUGCAGAAAUGUGUCCUAGCAUCCAUCAUUAUUGUCAGUUUAAGAGGGGCUCUCAUGAAAUUUCGCGAUCUGCCAAAGCAAUGGAAGAUGAGCAAAAUUGACACACUUGUAUGGUGGGUUACAAUGUUAUCUGUAACUUUAAUAAGUACUGAACUAGGACUUUUUACAGGGGUAACAUUUUCACUUCUGUGUGUUAUUGUUCGUACUCAAGUACCGAGAGCAGCUUUGUUAGGUCAAAUCCAGGGUUCAACUCUAUAUGAAGAUCAAGCAGAAUACAAUAACCUAACACCUAUUCCCCAAAUUAAAAUCUUUCGUUUUGAAGCUCCGCUGUACUAUGCUAAUAAAGACUUCUUUAUGGAUUCCCUGAUGAAAAAAGUUGAACUGAAUCCGGCUUUGGAGAUUGCAAAGCAGAAAAAAGAAGAAAGCAAACAAAUAAAAAAUAAAGAAGAAAAAGCAUUCAAUGGCAACAUCAAACAAGAACAGACUGUUGUCAGCAAAAGACUGAUUCCUAAGGUAUACAAUUUUCACACCAUUAUUCUAGACUGUUCCACAAUACAAUUCUUAGAUACUGUUGGUAUUAACACAAUGAAGACAGUUUUGAAGGAUUACAAUGAGAUUGGUAUCAGGGUCCUUCUGGCCAACUGUAAUCCUUCAGUCAUUGACUCACUGACUAGGGGAGGAUACUUUGGAGAAAUUUGCAAGGAGGUGGGCACUCAGUUGUUUUACAGUGUGCAUGCAGCUGUUCAGUAUGCUAAAGCCAGCUGGCCUGAACCAGGUAAUUCUACUCUUUAAGAGCUUUCAUAUUUAUAUCCAUUGUUGAAAAAUGUAGAGACAUGCACUAUGAAACGGGCAACAUAGGCCAAACCCAAAAUACUUUUUAUUUAAAUCAUGGAAAGUACUUUGGUAUUUUUAUUUAAAUUAGUUGAGUAAUAGCUCAGUAAACAAACAUUUACUGUAGCCUCACAGAGUAGAAAGAUCCUAAUUUUUAUUUGGGUCUCCUUGAGUUAGCUGAUUUCAGCCACGCAUAUGUGAAAGUUUAACAAUUCACUCAAUAUUCCCAGCUGAAGAAUAACAGCAGGCAGGAUGCCUGUUCCUGACUGCUAUUCAAUGAUUCCUGUUGGAUACUCUGUGCAGGUGGGUUUACAAUGUUGCCCAUAGAAGUAUAAGCCAGAAUGAGUCAACCCUUUUGAGAGAAGGAAUAAAAGCAGCUCAGUUAUUAAAAGGAAAUUAAAGUUAGUCAUCUGAAAUAACAGGCACCAAGAAAAUUUCUUGCUAUAUUUCAAAAUGCAAAUUAUAUUCACUUAUAAAAUAAUUGUGCAGUGCUGAACUAUGACCACACAAAAUCCUCAAAAAUGCUCCUAGUGCUUUGACAUAUGAUAGGCUAUACACUACUAUGCUUAAUGAACAUAAUUAAUCCUUAUUUAUAUCAUCUUAACUGUAAAAGAUUUUCACUGUCUUGCUGUAAAUAAACAAGAGCAGUUGGCAUUAAAACGAAUUGCUGACAGACGACACAAAACUGUACAGGUUUACAAGGAGAAACAAAAGCUACCAAUGUGUACUUUUAGUUAAUGUACACUUUCAUCUCUUAUUUUAUUUUAUAAAAUGACAAUAUUGUCAUGGUUCAAAUGUUUGGGACAUAACCUAUUUUCUUGUAUGAGAAUUGUCCCUUGUGGUAUACAAAAAAAGAGUGGACGAAAAUGCUAAAUUAUCUUUCUCUAAUUUGUUUCAAACAUAAAUCUACAUUUUGUACAAUGACAUAGUAAUAUCUACUCAAUUUAAUGAAAAAUAUUUUUGAAAUAGGUUGGCUACAAUGGCAGAAUUCUAGUUAUUACGGUGUUCAUCAAUGAGUUCCUUACAAGAUGAUAGUGAAAAUAAGAAUAAUAAUCAAGAUGCAAAAUGUGUGUGGAUUAUUUCUAAUUUAGGUAUUAUGUUUGCAAACUAUUGUAUUCUAUUAAUGCUUUAUUACCGUGUAUGUAAAUGGAUCAAGUAAUCCUGAAACAUUCCAAUGUCUCGUUGGUUUGUUGUAUCACAGGGAUUCGGCUUUGAUGUUAGGUUUAUGCGCACAAGGAAGGCUGAUUAGUUGUCUGUAAAUAAAUAUGGAUAAAUGAUCUAAAAAACAAAGACGGUUUGAAUGAAAGCUCAAAUCAAACGACUAUAUCUACUUACAGCCUAAAUGACUCAAAUUUUGUGCUUAAGGGUUUUUGUGCUUUUUUGGGGAAAAUCAGGUCAAACGUAUACAAUAGGAGAUUAAAACCAAUUAUUAGAGUAUUGUGAUGGUAUUCAUUGUGGACAGAUUAAAUCAUUUAUUCUCCUGUCAUUAAAUUAUAAUGACAAAUGAUGUUUCUGAAUAUAUUGUAAUGUCCUUAAGUUGUAGCAAUUACUGCAUUUUUGUACUCUAUUCUAAAUCUA